CGGUGUCCGACGUGCAGGAGUGGAAGCAGACUGCACGCGCAUGCGCGUUUCAUUGUUUUGACUGAAAAUGCCGUCGGUUUCGAAAACUGCAGUGAGCGCCUCUCCUCAAACAGAGAAACCAACCCACUAUACCUAUUUAAAGGAGUUUAGGACCGAGCAGUGUCCACUCUUCUUGCAACACAAGUGCACCCAGCAUCGACCCUUCACAUGUUUUCACUGGCAUUUCCUAAACCAGCGUAGAAGACGCCCCAUUAGGAGAAGAGAUGGCACAUUUAACUACAGUCCCGAUGUUUAUUGUACAAAAUAUGACGAAACUACGGGCUUGUGCCCAGAUGGAGACGAGUGCCCUUACCUGCACCGAACCACUGGUGACACAGAGAGAAAAUACCACUUGCGCUAUUACAAGACUGGCUCCUGUAUUCACGAGACGGAUGCACGAGGCCACUGCGUGAAGAACGGGCAGCACUGUGCCUUCGCACAUGGGCCGCAUGACGUGCGCCCCCCCGUCUGUGACAUCAGAGAGAUACAAGCACAGGAGGCCCUCCAGAAUGGACAGCUGGGCACAGGUGAGGGAAUCCCUGAUCUUCAGCCUGGAGUACUCGCUAGUCAGGCUAUGAUUGAGAAGAUCCUCACUGAGGACCCCCGUUGGCAAGAUUCGACCUUCGUCUUGGCAAACUACAAAACGGAGCAGUGCACCAAACCACCACGACUGUGUAGGCAGGGCUAUGCAUGCCCACAUUACCACAACAGCCGAGAUCGAAGAAGAAACCCGCGGAAAUUCAAGUACAGGUCAACCCCGUGCCCGAACGUGAAGCAUGGGGAUGAGUGGGGAGAGCCCACGAAGUGUGACAGUGGGGACAAUUGCCAGUACUGUCAUUCACGCACUGAGCAGCAGUUCCAUCCGGAGAUCUAUAAAUCCACAAAAUGCAAUGACAUGCGACAGACCGCUUACUGCCCCAGGGGACCCUUCUGCGCCUUUGCACAUGUGGAGCGAAUCCCCUCCACAGAAGAGACACUGAAUUCACUGCUCUGUUCGAUAAGCGCCGGCUCCCAGUUGAAGUCCUGUUCCCAGUUUUCUGAAGCUGUGGUCAGCGACUGGGGAGGCACCACCGCAGCUGGCCUGGGGGGACACGAUGUCGUCUCCUGCUCUGAUAGCCCUGUAGCUUCAAGCUGUGGAAGCGACAGCCCCCCAUCUGCGGUCGGGCCAAUCGGCCGGCCCUGGUGCCCUGCUAACGGGGGCUCGAAUCGCAGGCCCAGCCUGUCUACCCUCUCGUCCCCGACAUCCGACUACCGCAAAGCACCCGGUUUCGAGCGUGAAGAUCAGUCUGUGUUUCAGGGAAAAAUCCUCAAGGGUUCCACCAUAGACUGCAAUCACAAGCUGAACCCAGACAAGCAGAACCUCGUCAACCUGUUCAACCCACUGGCAAGCGGCAUCACGUCCAGCAUCACGUCCAGUCUGGCCUCCAGCAUCGGCUCCGACGGCUGCUCGCCCACCGCCUUGUCCACCAUGAACGCCAAAGCGCUGCCGUUCUACCCAGCCAGCAACACCGUAGAGUCAGUUGUGGGCUCCGCUCUUGACCUGAAUUUCAACGACAUUGACGUCGUCUUGCUGGAUAAGGAACUGGAGCAACAUGAAAAUGGCGACCUUAGUUUAACAAGUGAGCAGCUCCUGUGCGGCUCGGCCCCUGUCAGCAUUCCCGGCUCGCUGAACCGCCCUCCCUCCCUGCGCUGCUCCUCGCUGCCGGCUUCCCCUCUCGAUUCCCUGUCCCAGUCACUGCGCUCUGGCAUGAAGGCCCCCCAGGGCCAGCCCCAGACCCCCCGUGCUGGCGCAGAGCACACACUCAUGGGGACCUCCGUCAGCUCGCCCAGCAAGCUCGGGUUAAAUGGGGCUGCAGGAGGUGGCAUGUGGGACUUUGUGAGUGGAAUCUACCCUCCCAGCUCGUCUCCAGUGGCCAGCAGUGCCGGUGUGGACCUGUGCCGCCUGCGGAGGGAGCUGGAGGAGGCCAGAGGGAAGAUCACGCAGUGGGAGAUGGCGUGGCAGCAGGCUAAGCAGGCUUGCAAAGCUUGCCAGAAGGACGCCCAGGAGGCCAAAGAGCGGGCGAAGGUCGCCGAGGGGGAGCGGCAGCGGGCGGCGCAGAAACGCGAGGGCGCCGAGCGCAAGCUGAGGGAGCUGCAGGGGAGCUUCGAUAUGGUGUGCCGCUCGCCGAACACGCUGCUGCUCCGCAGCUACGGCGAGUUGGACCAGCUCGCCCUCCCUAAACUUCUCUCCAUCCAAAACCAGCUCUGCACAGACCUUGACGUUAUUGACACGGUAAUAUAUCAGCUUCAGUCAAAGAAAUGCAUGGUUUGCCAAAAACGUGACCGUUCUAUAAUUCUUCAGCCCUGCCAGCAUUAUGUACUCUGUGAGAGCUGCGCACCAAGCAAAACGGAAUGUCCUUAUUGCGAGACUAAGAUACUGAGCUGGUGAUGCUGAUCUAUCCAAGGUACUUUUUGUAGAUCUAUACCUUCGAAAGAUUACGUAUUAAUCAGUGAUGCUAACAGUCUGGAUUUAGAUUUUCUGUGUUAUUUAGAAUUUCAUGUAGUACAUAUAAAGGUAACAGUGUUUGACUGAUACAUUGACAUUUUUUUCAGAUGGGAGAUGUUUAACAUGAAAAACCCAGUGCAUUUUUCAAAUGGCUCUCAGUUCAAUGUCAGAUGAUGCCCUUAAUUCCAAGUAACUACUUUAAAAGUAUCAGCCUUGCACUGUUAUUGUUACCAAAUAUGUGAAGAUUAUAUGUUUAAUAUAAAAGCACUUUGUUAAAAGUUUUUUAGAUUUACAGAAUUGCCUUAGGCUGCUUUUAGGUUAUAUGUUUUUCACAACUUGCUAUAGUUGAACUCUUGUUUGUAGUUUUUAAUAGAAGAUAUUUCAGAAUCAAUAUGUAUUAAAUUCAAGAAUGUAUUAAGUGUUACAGUACUAUAACUAGUGUAGAAUUUCUGAUUUAAAAAUGGAAACAUAACCAGCAGUUAUAACACAAUAGAGCCACUAGCUAGCAUGUAAUGGAUCGGUUAUUAUUUUUCUGAUGUUUUUGUACACUAAGCUGUUAGGCUCAUUUCUUCUCUUUAAUCGAUUUAACUGGCUGCUGUAGAUAUUUUUGUUGUAGCCAAGCAACAUGGUUGUUUAGGCUACAACAGCACUAUAGGAGUGCCUUGUCUCUACCGGCAGAGAAAAGCUUCAAAACGGAACAAUUCAUUGAUUUUCUUAAUAAUAAGCUCCUACUUAAUCAUUUUAAAAUCUCCUAAUAAGAACUGAUACCAGGCACAAAUUGGCUCAAUUUUAUAAAAUAUAUUAAACAGAUAUGCAUAUAUAGGAAUGGGUGGUGCCCUCUAGCAUUGCUUUGUGUCCAGCACACACUGCUAACAAUGGUCUGGAAUUCCUGAAUGCUUUAUGAUUGGUUUAAAAUCACUCAAACUGUGCCAUUUGCAAGAUUAACCAUUAGUCACAAAAAAACUACCACUGUCAUAUUUGUAUUGCAGAAACAAGUAUUUCCUUUUUAAAAGUGUACAUGUGAGACAUGGUUUUACAGGUGUGUAUGGAUUUUCCCAAACGUCGCUGGCCUGUGCAGCUUAAACUGAUUGAAAUGACCUCCAACUGUGUUGAGACUAAGUCAUUAUGUCCCUGUCUGUGCCCGUUGUGUUUUAACACUCACUUUCUUAAUUACUUAUGAGAGUAAAACGGUGACAGCCAUGUAGUUGUUAAGGAGCUUCGUACCCCCUUGUGCAAUUUGAAAAGUUCAUUGAGGGCAUGAAUGAAGCAUAUUUAGUCUAAGGAAGUGAAAAGAAAGUACUGGAACUUGUUUAGUUCAAUCUUAGGUUGCACGGUUUUCUGUAAAGUGCACUACCACGUGUAGUCCUUGUGUUUAAUUAGCAAAGUAAUUCACCACAUCUUAUGUUCUCUUGGGAGCUUAAUUAAUUUUUGCUACAUAGAAUAAUUAGAAUUUUAGACGGUUUUCUUCUGUAGUAUUUUCCCCCAUAAAUGCUGAAAUUCAAGUGUUUCCAAAAUCAUUCACAUAUAGGGUACAAUGUAACCAAAUUAUGUGUUAAACUUAAUAACAGAGUAUGAUUAAGAUGAUUUAAUAAUGAUAGUGCUGUAAUUUCAGUUGAAAUAAUGGAGGAAUGUAAAAAUUACCGUACAGUUUUAACUUUAAUCAGCAGAGGGUGUGAUACACUCUGCAUUUGCAUAUAAGAAUAAUGGUUUUUGCCAUCUUCUGUGCUCUGCCAAAGACAUUAACUAUUUAACAAUAUUUUUUGAUAUAUUACAUUUAAAAAUACUUUAUUUCUGACAUUCAGAUCUAAUGACCAAAUAAAAAAUCCUAGACAAAUUGGAAUGUCAUCCUUUUUUUUUUUCUUCUUUUUUUUUUUUUCUUCGAUAUGAAUGUUGAACGUUGCUCUACAAUUUGAACCGUUCAUAGUGAAAUGCUGCAGAAGGUGAAUGACACUUGUAUUUAGUGUUUAAAAUGUAUAAAUGUCUUUCUCUUUUCUGGUGGACUGCAUUCUCAUUGUAGUAAUGAUUGUACACUACAAUUUGUCAUGCUCAUGUAUGUUCAGACUCUCUUGUGCUUCCUCCUCCCACCUAAUCAUCAGCAUUUUACAGAUACCAUGUUCAGCUUGUGUGUUGAUACAGUGUCCUUCACAUUGGUUGAUACAGGCAGGUGUGAUAAUUUAAUUAUUCACUCUCUUGAUGGCAGCUCCCAUUGGUCAGGCCUUAUUCCAGCUACCCACCUGAUUGGCUUGUCUCUCUACUGUACCUGUUAAAUGGAUGCUACUAUUCUAGCAAUGGUACAGCAAGAUAUCCAAUAGUUGUGUGCACCUUAUCUGUAUCUCAUACUGGUCCGUGGCUGAUAAAGCAUUAGGGUCCACCUAUAGCGUGUAGAACCUGCUCUUCAGCCUAACUCCCUUUUAAUGGUCAGACUUUGUUUAUUGUGCCCUUUUAAAUGUAUUUGAGGUCAACUGGCACAGAAAUAGGUCAGGCUAUAAUAAUAAUAACAGAGAAAUACUUUCUGUUUACCUGAAUUUCUAAAAGAUGAUUUAACAGUUUUGAGUAUUGCUGUUGCAUUUGAUAUCAUUUUAAUGUACAAUAUGAUAUAAAAUGUAAUAUUAAAAUAAGAUGCAAUAAAAAUGAAUCUAAACCUUAUAGCUGCCAUAAAGGCAGUUGUAUAGCAAUGAAGCAGGCGUUGGCAUUUUUUUUUCUGAUGUUUUUUCCUAUAACACCCAGGUAGUUUUUAAAUUUCACUUAAUUUAAUUUAAGUGUCUGACUAUAGGUUAACAGUUUAUAUUCUUUUCAAGGCUAACUCAUUGUCCUUGUUGUAUUGUGUUUUUUUUUAUUAACUGAACUGGAACUUCUACUGUCCCAUAGUUCUGUAAAAUGGUUGUGAAACUCAGCUUUUGAGCCAAACAUGUGUGUACCACUAUCACCUGUCUGUAUCAGCCAUAAUUUUAGUGUGCAUAAUUUUUCUCUUCUCGUUUUUGUACAUUUUGUCAUGUUUAUGAAAGAUACAUUGACGGGGAUUAGUCUGGGGAAAAGGGCAGCUGCAGCUUAAAUAAAGCACUGAUUAGCUAGUUUUGAUGAUAGUAAUGAUGGCAAAGAUGAUGAUGAUGAUGAUGAUGAUAUUUUGGUGUGAACAAUGUUUUUGCAUCAAAGUGAAAUGUGUUGUUUUUUUUGUAAUUAUAUUGUAAUUGUUGGCUCUGAUGUUUAUGCAAGCGUAUUAUUCAUUUACUGUGGAAACCUUGAUAUUAAAUGCGCUAACCUAAAUUUCAUUCUUAUGACAGGAAAAUGUUGGAGAAUAAGACAUGUGAUAUGGCUUAAAAUGAUGUUAUCAGAUUACGGGUUUCAAAUCAAGUGUGAAUGUUUAAGAUUUCCUUUUUUAUGCAUUUGGCAGUUUUUAAAGAAUGCAUAUUUGUUAAUCUAAAGCUAGAGAGGACAAUAUGGAAGUAAAGUAAUUUCUCAGGGUUUAACAGUAGAAUAAAGAAGAAAUUUUGUUCUUACACAAAAGGUUCAGUUUAUUACAAUUUUUGCUAAGAAUAUUAUUAGGUUAGAUAUUUUAUAAUAGCGCAAGCAUCCCAACAGCAAACUUAUCACUUACGUUUUUUGGUAUGUAUUGCGUUAAAAAAUAUCACAGCCAUGUUGUAGUGUUUUAAGUGUCUGAAGAUGUUAAAUUCUUAGAAAUAUUACUGUUAGUACAUUUUAUAUUUUACAUCUAAUUACAUAUGGGAAUUUAUGGAAACCUUUGCAUUGCUGUGUGUCUAAUAUUUAAACACAAAUGGCAUUCUUCAGAUAUGGUAUUUAUGAUGCAUAAUCAGUACUUUUACUGUGUUUUAAAUUAACAUGUUACAAUUUACAUAUUAUAGCACUUAUGAAAUGGUUUACAGAAUUAAUGGAAUUAUUUUUUACUAUGGAAUUAAAAAAUUGAUCUCUGUC